GUUCAAACCUACGAAUAGGCAUCAACAUACUUCACGAAGUGGAUAUCCAAGAUAAUCAAAAUGUCAGGAAAAGCCGAGCGACCCAGUAAGCGCAUACGAAAACUCAGUACUGAUUCUGAGGGAGAUGAAGAAAUCGAUUGGACGGAUCUCCGUGGGAAAGCUGGUAGGGCUGAGCCAGCCACCAACAAGAACGAGUCAUCGCGAUCGCGUCGCACAAAUCCAGAGCCCGCCUCGUCGGCCACCGUAUCACGUGGACCGACACUACCACAAUCAAAUAGUCCCGAGUCAAUGCGUUUGACCGUCAAGACAUCAUCAAGUAAAUUGAGAGAGGCGACACGAUCUAGCCCGAUCACCGGCCCAUCUGUUAUGGUUAAUAGUAGAGAUCAAUUUGUUGGUGGCGAGAUCCUCGAGGGCAAGAGAAACAGGAAUGUUAAAAAAAGUUAUGUUUUGGAAACGGAAAGUGAUGAUGAGGAUGAAGAAAUGGAAGAUGCCGAGGGAGAAGAUGAUCCAGAUGCGGAAGGUGAAGAUGAUGACCUAGAUGCUGAUGGAGAUAUCGAUAUGGACGUACAACCUACUUCAUCUACCAUUCAGGUUUCAAAAGCGUCGGCUGGAAACCCCAAAAUCACAGUGAAGGAGCCACCCAAAGCACCCGCUGUUACUGUUGGACAACAAGGGAUCGGGCUCAGUGACGAUGAUGAUGAUGAACUUAGUGAACUUGACAGUGACCUGGGAGAGGAAAUUGAGGAAGAAGAGGUAAUGCAGAGUGGAAAUGACGAAGAUGCUGAAGGGGAAGAUGAAGAGAUUGAAGUGGCAGCAGAAGAGGAUGAGUUACUCGAUAGUGAUGAUGAAACCCCUGCCAAUGGAAGCAGGGCUUCUACUCCCGAUCUCAACAAAUUGACGAGAAGGCAAAGAGCAAGAUUCGACGAUGCUGCUAGUGGAUAUCUCAUGGCUCUUCCUGAUGAGGUACAAGUGAAGAAGCAUCUGACUGCCGAGGAGCAUGCCAUGAGACGUGCUGAAAUGGCGCGAAGAAGAAAGAAUCUUAGUGAGAAACGGAACGAGGAAGAGAAGAUGGAAACAAUCAACAAGCUUCUUAAGAAGCAAGCGCCCAAGACUAAUGCUCGCCGCAGAGAUCUCAAUGGCCCAGCUGUUGACGCAACUCCAGAAGGAGAACCCCAGAAGCCGAAUCCACUUUUUGUGCGAUGGGUUAGCAAUAAAGAUGGAAAUAGAAUCGGUGUACCAGAAGAAUGGAUGGAGGGUCCUAUUGGUGCCUUGUUUCAAGGUGGAGUGAAGGCUAGUGGAAAUGGGAUGGACGGUAAAUUAAUCCAGGAAGUUUCUUAG